GCCUUUAGAGUAGUUAGAAGUACAGGCAUGUGCCCCAAUGCCCAGCUCAAUUAGCAUGUUGUAAGAAGAUGCAUUUUUGAACUGAGACCUGAAAAUGGGGACAGAAAAAGCUGGAGCAAAGAGUUCCUGAGGAAGGAGGAAGAGGCCAGGAUUACAGGAGGGGCAGCUUCUUCCUGAACCUCUGGCUGGAGACUAAUGCCACCAGUUUGGGGUGGGGAAAGGGAAGCAGGAUAUCCUCGUGUGUCUUUCCUCUUCAUUGUCACCCAGAUGCCUCCCACAUGGAAUUCUUUGGCUGUCACUGGGAAGUCCCAUUUAAGCAGGCACAUGCCAGAAAGCAGCACGCCUGGUCCUCAGGAAGGAAGCCCUUAAAAUGAAGGGUAAGGGGGCUGAGGCAGGCAUGUAGUGGACACUGUAUCAGCUGCAUCCCAGGUUUCAAAGGCUCCCCCUACUUCAGCUCAAGCGUCCUGCUUCACAGCCUUAUAAUUAUGGUGCUUCCCCAAGCGGGGGUUGCUCCCAUUCUUUGGCUUCUGAUAGCUAUCAGGGAUGAAAGGGUGGAGGUCCCUGUGAUUAUGAAGAUGACAGGUGGGUAUAGAUUUCUGCAGAGUGUGGAUGGAGCUGGUGUAAAAACAAGGGUGGGGUGAUCAUCUGGGUCAAUGAUAGUGAGAGCCAGUGAUUAGGUCUUGGGCUAGGGGACUAAAAUGAGAGACGCCAUAGUCAGGCUUCAUUUUAGCCAGGGCCUUCCCAACGGGUUUGACCAGUUUGAUUCUGAUGGGAUUCCUUGUGCCACUGGGCCGGCCCCUCCCUAUAGACCGGCCUCCUCCUCUCCAUCUUCCCCUAUAAAGCCUCUUGGGAUUCCCAGACACCCAGACUCAGAGCACCCCACUUUUGGGGGCCAGCAGACAGCCAUGAUGAUCAACUGGAAGCUACUGGGGAUCCUGGUCCUUUGCCUGUUUAUUGGAGGAAUCUCAGGCAGCAAGGACCAACCUCCUACCCCACCCACAGAAGGCAGAGAGGAGGAGAGCUCCCCAGUAUUUCCUCGGGGCCCUCCGAUACCUGGUGACCCCUGGCCAGGGUCACCCCCUUUCUUUGAGGACCCUACAACUCCAAGCCCUACCAGUCCCCUGCCUAAAACUAGUGCCUGGCCCCCUGAGCCACCCAGAACUGAUCCUCCUCAACCUCCCCGGCUUGAUGACCUCUGGCCAGCAGGACCCCAGCCCCCAGAAAACCCAUGGCCACCUGCCCCUGAGGUAGACCAUGGCCCUCAGGAUGAGCCAGACCUUGACCCUCCCCAGGAAGAGUACAGAUAACAGGGAUCCCCAGGUGACUUGGGCCUCCAGGCAGAGUACUCCCAAGCCCAUCUCUACCCUUUUGUUUCCCCUUAAAAUUUCCCCAAUUUUGCCUAACUCCUCAUUCCCUCAACUUAUUCUGAUUUCAGAAGGAAUCAUCAAUGUUUUGUCACCCCUUGGUAUCCCUAUUUAGUCCCCAUAUUUUCCCUCUUUUUUUUUUGACAGCAUAAGCUCACACUCCUACCUCACCCAGUUCUCUUGCUGCCCCUACCUUCCACCUUUUCUUCCUCAUCCCUGGGACCUGGGAUUUCUGGGGCCAGGUCAGCAGACUGUGCUCUCUGCUGCCACCUGGUGGUAUAUGACUGGGACCCAUCAGUAGACAAGGAUGGCGCUUCCCUAAAAUAGAAAAAUAAAAACCAUGUUUUCUUA